AAUCUAUUCGGUCAUUUUUCCCAAUAACAUCAUAGCAUCACCGCCGUUACUGCUCACUGCUCCUCCAUCUUCUCAUUUAGUCUUUCUCUGGUUCUUUUCAUUGUUAAUCUAACAAACAACCCAACCUUGCUCCGCCAUUUUCAUUCUCAACCUCAUCAUCUACUCAAAUCUAUUAAAAAAGGUUUCCAGCCAAAAAAGAAUCACCACCUGAGAACAAACAAACCUCUUUCCGUUUAACCCGAUCCAGAUCUAUCUACACCAACAACAUAAUAAUGGAGUGGGAAGGUGCAGUUUCAGGAUCAUCGGAUAUGGAGGAGAUUCCCAUUCCUCUUCCUUUAGCUUCUGAAUCUGAACAACCUUAUGUCUCUGAACUUCUCUCCUUCACUCUCGAUCGUCUUCACAAGGAACCUGAACUUCUUCGCGUCGAUGCCGAACGGAUCCGUCGCCAAAUGCAAGAGGUUGCAGUUGGUAAUUAUCGUUCCUUCAUUGCCGCUGCUGAUGCUUUGUUUGCUAUUCGCCAUGAAGUUUCUUCUAUUGAUAAUCAUCUUGAAUCUAUGCGAAGAGUGUCAAUAUGAAGAAGAAUGCCUCUCCCUAAAGAAAUGCAGAAUGUAGAGACUAGAGAAUACUAUUUGCUAAUUUAUGUUUGUUCUGCUACAAGUAUAUAAUGAGAUUAAAUUAAACAAACCUACACAGUUGAUUAAACUGUGUAGGUUAAGGAUGGAAGGCUAUGUUAUGUACAUCCGAAUGAAAUCUUCUACAUGUCGUCUUUAUUGUCAAUGCAUAUGCAUAUAGUUAUUAUUCCAUAGUGCUAGAACAAUAUAGCAGAUAAUGUAUACAUGGAGUUUGAAGGAUUAAUGUGUUUCAUACCAAA